AAUUCCCAAAAAGUUGAGUUCAAUUAAAACUUCCUCAAGACCGAACGGUUGUGCCGAAAUGGAGCAAAAUAAAUAUUUGACCCAGAGACAGGUUGUCUCUGAUUUGACCCGUCCGAUUUUCUCAACAUCAGCGGUUGGAUAUUUAGAAAAAGUCAAAUUCGAUAACCUCAAAUUCAAAUUUUAUAUUUCCCCAGUUUUAAAUUAGAUAUGUUGAUUUGUUUAACAGGAUUACCAGGAAGUGGUAAAACGACAUUAAUAAAAAAACUUGUGGAAUAUUUGAAACAAAACGAUGUCGGAGUUGAAGGAUUUUUCACUGAAGAAAUCAGAGAUCCACAGGGUUAUCGAGUAGGAUUUGAUAUUGUCACACUAAAAGAUGAAAGAGCAGUUUUCGCUAGGAAAAGAGGUAUUCAGUCGUCUUAUAAAGUGGGUACUUAUUUUGUAGAUAUUGCACAAUUUGAGAAACUUGUGCUUCCGUUGCUAUAUAAUCCUGGAAAAAUCAUGAUUAUUGAUGAAAUAGGGAAAAUGGAACUUUUUAGUGAGCAUUUCAAAAACUGCAUCACAAAUUUAGUACAAAACUCUGACAUAACAAUAGUUGCCACUGUUCCAUUGAAGGGUAAUGAUCGGUUCAUUAAAGAUUUCAAGGAAAAGGCAAUGAAAAUAGUUAAUGUUGAAAGAAACAAUAGAAAUAAUCUUCUGGAGGGAAUCAUCACAUUUCUAGACAUGAAAUGAAUGUUAUAUUGAAUU